AUGGUAUCGCCAACACCUGGGCCUGUGCCCUCUAGACCCCGAGGUGGAGAUGGUCCACGUCCUGAAGCUCGCUCUGCCGGCACAGCUGAACGACCUGGCCGAAAUGAAAGUCUGGUGGACCUCGUUCGUUUCUUUCAAACCCAGAACAUGCCUGCGCAACCUUCUACUCCAUCCCAACCUCCGCCACCAACCCCAGCUCAGCCUUCAAGUCCUUCGGAUACGACCACUGCGCUGCCGGUUGCGGUAGAACCCAAGGAAUAUAAAUCGGAUCCGAAGCAGGAACUGAAGCCAUUCCAUCGUCGCCUCCUCCAGUUUGCUCAGCGACAGAAGAAAGAGUCACCGCCCCGAUCAAAGCAAGAGGAGAAACAACGCCAGAUUGAUGCGCUGAUGAGGGAAGGAUAUCUCAUCCCGGCUCCUCUACCGAAAGAUCUCAAAGGACCAAAGGAGCCUAGAAAUUCCAAGGACAGUCUCUCCCGAUCUCUUUCCAAAUCCAAGAAAGACGUGGAAAACAUUGGCCAGCCAUGGCUACAAGCCAAAGCCGAUGGAGGCAAGCAACCGACCGAAGUACGACGUCGCCUGGCCUCUCUGGAUCUUGAUGACUUUGGCUCAAUGGUUGAUGUCGCUGUCUCGCUUUCUUCGGAAUUCGACGAUUCGGUGCCGCCACCAUACCAACCAUCUGAGAAUAUCUCUUCUCAGUCCUCAGCAGUGCCAGCCUCGAGCUCUGUGGACCAAGGCCCCCAAUCCAUCAUUAGAUCAGCUUCUUCACUCGCUUCCACGAACCACAGCCGCAGGAACCCAUCGAUCGAUGAGCAAGUCAACCGACCACCCAGCUCUGCGGGUUCCAGUGCUCGAAUGAACUCGCAAAAUACAGAAUCCCUUUCGCGAGUCACGAGCAAUACACCAAGCAAUGCACCCGCGAGUGUAGCGGGAACAGAGUCACCCCCGCCCUCCACUGAUAGCCAGAGGCGCUGUCCCGCGGUGAAGCAGUCUGACUUGUCUGAUCUGUCUCGUCGUACCUCGACCCCGACUCUGAAGCUCUUCCCUGAUGUUGCACCACCUCGCAAGUCCAGCAUCACUGCGUGGAGAACCUCCGCUGUGCCACGGUAUCAAACGCUCACCAACACCGUGUCAAGUUCUUCGCUCAGUUCACAGAUCGAACCGUCUAGCAGUACAGCCAAUCUCAGUGAUGAGUCCCGAAAGUCAUCAGAUGUUAUCAAGGAGACCCCGACCAAGGUGGCAGAACCGCCGUGCACAGGCGCCCUUGCACCGGCACCCCAGUUGGUCUCUGAGGCAAAGACAUCUAUCGAGAAAGCCCAAGCACCUAAGGAGUUAACCACGCAGGAUCAGGUCAAGGCUCGACCAGUGUCAUUAUCCAUGGGCACGCUCAAGGCAUUCCCUCUUCCGGCGCCUACCAGGCCACUUCCAUCGUUGCCCGAGGCUGAGCGUGCCCCCAGCGCUCCUCCUCAGACAAACGCUCGCUUGAGCAUUCGUCCGGCUCGCUCGGGAGCAAUGUCUUUGGCUCCACAAUCUUCCUCGAAAGCCGUGCCCGAGGAUCCAGAGGCUGAGUCCGCUGUCGAUAGCCCUCAAAUCCUCGAAUCACGCCCUGCAACCGCUUUGGGUAAUGUCGACGCUGGAGGUUCGAUCGCUGAUGACGAGGAGAGCAUCUCUACCCCGUCGAUCUCAGGCUCCUCCAAGUGUAUGUCACCCACUCAGUACACCGCUCGAAGACGUGCUUCAAGCAUCCGCAUCCCUCGCAUGCAAGAUUUGCCCGAAAGCCGUUCCAGUGCAGAUGAUGAUAAGGGCCAGCCGUUGGCCGACUCUCCUAUCUUGGGACACUCGACUCCCACAGAGCCUCAGGGUAAACGUAUCAUCCUGAACGGAUUACAGAUCAACUCUCAAGUUGGCCAAAAAAAUCUUCCUUUCGGUUUGCCAUCACCUCCCCCUACUGCUUCUCUCCCAUCAGCUCCUCCUCCUUCACAUCCGCCUCCCCCUCCUCCUGGCCGCGCAGCGGGCCAGCGCAACUACACAGCCCCUAAGGCGGCUAUGCUUCACUCUGUGAGAAGCAUGGAGGCACCCCCUCCACCUAGUUCUUACCGCCACUCAGUCAUCUCUCAAAGCGACAGUUCACGGAGCAGUCUCCGCCGUGAGAGCUUCCCCGACUCAUACCAAGAAAGUCGCCCCGAGAGUCGCCCUGAGUCUCCACUGCCCUCGUCGGAUGAUGAGGUCUUCGGCCCCAGUGCGGGUGUCGAAGUAUCUCGCCGUCAAGCCGAUAAACAGAAAGCCGCCCAGCCAACCCACCGAGGACGAACUAUGGAUACACACCAAAUGUCUAGCCACAGUCGUUCUCACUAUUCUCAUUCGGCUCACCAUGUGAUUCCUCAAAGUCGCAGCAAUCCUAAUCUUGAGAAGACUACAUCCCCUCAGUCGCAAUGCUCCAUGUCGCCGCACCGGUUUAGAGCGUCUCAGAGUAGCCACCGGCCCCAGGCCCCUCCGAUGGAUCAUUACCUCGAAGACCGAGUUGCCAAUCUGGAGCGUCAGAACCAGAUCCUCCAGGCUGCUCUCAUGGCAGCACUCAAUGUUGGAAACAAGAAUCCUCUAGAGAGUCUGAGCCUCGAUCCGACCAUGAUGCCACCAUUCCCAUCCGGGCCCUUCGCGAGCCAUUACCCUCCCCGCCACAUCUCACGCCCCGAGAGUUGGAUCAGUUCCUCUCGGAGCAGCGAGCACAGUGGUUUUGAUACCUCGAGCUCGUACCGAGAAGGCCGUCCGAAUGUCAAGCAACUAGACAACAUGAUUGAAGAUAUCGAGUCUGGCUGGAUGUCGGACAAGUCUAGCUUCAGUGGUGCUCGCAUUUCACGCAAACGAUAA